AUGUCAAGCGUCACUAUUCAGCCCGUCAACUCUUCCCAUCCGGAACUGGGCGCUCUGGUCCAGAACAUCGACCUAGCACAUUUAUCAGAGGAAGACUUCCAAGUCCUCCGCAACACGCUCUAUACACACAAUGUCGUCUGCAUCAAGUCACAAGGGAAACUUACUCCUAAGAAUCAAGCCGAACUCACCCGUCGCUUUGACCCCGAGGCCAUGACAUACGGGCACGGCACGACCAUUGACGCAAAGCGCUCCAUCCUCCAUCCUGAUCUCAAGACCAUACCUUAUCAGCCUGAAGUACAGGUCAUCGGAAACGGCUUCGUGCCCGAAUAUGAGGGUCUCACUGACAUCAAACUGAGGCAUCCUCACCACCGAACCUUCCACAAAACCGUAAUCCCGGAUGAGCUGGACUUGGACUAUACGCGGUUCUAUCGCUGGCACAUCGACGCGGCUCUUUAUGGAAAGCUCAACCCACCUCUCGUCACGUCCCUGUUGGCCGUAAAGGUGCCGAAGAACCGGAGACAGACCCUUUUGUACGACGACGGCACUGGCGAUACUCUCGACGUCCCCCUUGGCACCACCGCUUUCGUGUCGGGCUACAACAUGUUCGACAACCUCAGCCUCGAGCAGAAGGAGUUUGUCUUGACGUCCAAGAUCGAAUACGCUCCGCAUCCAUAUGUAUGGAUCUCGACCACAAAGUCCCGGCCCGACGGCCUCGGCAUGGUAUCAGAAGGCAAGGAAGUUCCACUCGAGGACCUCCCGCCCAUUGAGCGUGAAAGCGACAUCCAAAUCCUUCCCAUGGUAUGGCGGAACCCGGUGACGGGUCGAUUCGCGUUGCAGAUUCACCCCUCCGUGGUGCGAAAGAUACACUUGAAAGAUGGCAGUGUGAUCGAUGACCUUGCGAAGGUCCGCGAUAUCGUGCACGGUUUGCAACGGCCGGGGAUCGCGCCCAAAUUUGUCUACGCCCACGACUGGGAGGAAGGGGAUCUGGUCUUGUUCAAUAACCACGGAGUCUUGCACAGCGUCGUGGGUGCAUUCGCAGAGAACGAGGUCAGACUAUUCCGUCAAUGCAAUUUGGCAGCCAGCCGGCCUCCUUGCGGACCUCAGUAUCCGGAAGUGGUUGCGUGA